CAGCCCCCUUUCCCACACGUCACCGUGCGGAAUCUUUAAAGGAUCCGUUGACUGUAUAACAUGGCACAGUAUAAAGGAUCAAGGAGUUUGAGCAGCAUGAAGACACAGUCACCAAUGGUAGAUAUGGCCAAUAACAACGACCCUCUACCCCCAGGAUGGGAAAUUAAAAUUGACCCACAGACAGGAUGGCCUUUUUUUGUGGAUCACAUUAAUCGCACAACAAGCUGGAAUGACCCCAGACACGAUGUCAAAAAGGUCAGCCAGUUGUCUCAAAAUGGCCCAAGUGUGCCACCAGAGCCGAGUCCUCAGGAGAUGCAGAAGGCCUUUGUGAAGGACAUGAAGCACCCCACCCUCCGCCAGGGUUACAUCCCAAUCCCAGUCUGCCAUGAAGGCGCAGACCUCCGUCAGCAACACCCGUGUUUCUCCUACAUCCAGCCGACUGCUCUGCAAAAUAUACGGGCAGAAGGGCGGACACCCUCCCCCACCCCGACACUCCACUGCAGGCCUAGAUCUCCUUUGCAGGGUUCCUCCGAGAGCUCUACUCCUGAGCCCUGCAUGUCCUGUUCGCCUAGUUUACAAGGACCUGAGGGCCAUCCCCUCCACCAGCCCCCGCGACCCAGCAGCACUGGCCUCCAGGCAGGUUACAUCCCCAUCCCAGUGAUCCACGAGAGGGCCGGAGGUCACCCACAACAAGCCCCUGUCAAUCCCGCUCUCUACACCCAGCGCUUUCCGGCUUACUCAGAGCACCAGCCCUCCUUCCACCGACUGCAGCCAGAGGACUGGAGCAGUCAUCAUGGAGCCACGCCCUCUUCCCGGGAGCGAGCCUCCCCGUCCCCGAGCGUGCCUCCCCAGCACCGUGAGACUGCCGCCAUCCAUAUCCCACCGCAUAUAAGGAGCCAGUCUCCCCUCAGAGCACAGGUCAUUACAGAGAGACCACAGGUCCAGGUCCACCACCAUGUGCCACAGAGAGAAUCACCCCACAGAAUGGAGCAGGAGCAGGAGAUCUCUCAGUAUCCCCAAGCAGCGCAGAGAGAGGCUGACUCACAGCAGCGUCAACAGCCACAGAUCUCACAGCAACCACAGCAGCCACCACAACAGUACCAAGGACCACAACAACCACAGCAGCAACAACAUUAUCAACAACAGCCACUACAAUACCAACAACCACAACAUUAUCAACAACAGCCACUACAAUACCAACAACCACAACAACCACAACAGCCACAGCAGCCACAACUCCCACAGCAGCCACAACAGCCAAAACAACCACAACAAUACCAACAACCUGAACAGUACCAAAAAUCACAACAAUCACAGCAGCCACAGCAGUACCAACAACCUGAACAGUACCAACAGCCACAACAGUACCAACAGCCACAACAGUACCAACAACCUGAACAGUACCAACAACCUGAACAGUACCAUCAACCUGAACAGUACCAACAACCACAACAGUACCAACAGCCACAGCAAUACCAACAACCUGAACAGUACCAAAAACCACCACAACAGUACCAACAGCCACAACAAUACCAACAACCUGAACAGUACCAACAACCACAGCAACCACAGCUGUAUCAACAACCACAACAGUCCCAGCAACAACCACAACCUCCACAACAACCCCAGCCACAGCCGCAACUGCAGCCGCAACAGACAGCAAACAUCACAGUCCAAAUGUCGCCGAAACCAGAAGCCCAGGAGCCAGUGGCUGUUCCUGCUCCACAGGAGGACUUUCCCCCAAAAUCAGAAAAUGAGCCUGCCGCUCAGUGUCACCCAGGCUUGGCUAAAGUGCAAAAGAUAGAGGAGAGAGUGGCGAAACUGGAGCAAGAGGUGAAAUGCUUUGAUGGGAAGAAGAAUGAUAAGAGGUACUUGCUGCUGGAGGAGCUGUUGACCAAAGAGCUUUUGGCACUAGACUCAGUGGACCCAGAGGGACGUGUGGACGUGCGACAGGCGCGACGUGACGGAGUCCGGAGGGUCCAAACCACGCUGGAUGCACUGGAGAUGCUGGAUGAGCGGCCAUCGGGCUCAGUCAAUGAGUCCCCGAUGGAGGGUGACAGCCCGCCACAGAAAGUAGAGCAGCCCAGCAUGAUCAACCAAGCGAAUGUGGAAAUGGCCAGAGAGAUCUCAUAAUGACUCCAUAGUUUUAUUAUAGUGAAGAGGAGAGAAAUGUAAUCAAAGAUACCGUGGAAAUGGGCUGCUCUCAAUGCUCCCUAUACCCGCCUUUCAACUGCAGAUAUCACAUAUGAACUAUACGAUGCAUGUAUUACUUAAUUUACAGUGUUGGUAUUGUCUGGCAUUCACCACAUAUGUGAUGGUGGUAUCCUAGUGCAUCAUGUAUUCAAUGAUGUUAAGCCAUUGUUGUUGCCUUUUGCUGUGCCAAUGUCUUUUUGCGAGACCAUUUUCAUGAUCAAUGUGUUAAAGAGACAAGCAUAAUAGAGGUUAUAGAAGAGGCCUUUAUCCAUCCAUAUAUAUAUAUAUAUAUAUAUAAGACUAAAAUGUACCUGUAUGUAGUUAAUUUCGGGUCAUGUGAUGUGGUUGUUUUUAAAGUUAUUCAAUAAGAAGAACACUGGUAUGUAGAGUAGUAGACAACUUCUCUAUAAGAAAGGGCUUCUGUGGAAAUUGUAAGAGAUGUUUAAUAUUUCCUUCUUUUAUUUUUAAUCCACUACUUCGAGAAACAAUAUUUACCUCAGAUUCUGUCAGAAGAAAUGGGACAAAUCAAUGUUAGUAAAUGUUAAUGACUCAGUCAUAGAAAAAUAUUUAUUUUUGUGCCUCAGAUGACAGAGCUACUUGAGAGAAAAAUCUUAGGUUUUUAUUUGGUUUUUUUUGGAGAAAAAAAUAGGUUAUUUCACACACAUACCCAUCAAUUGAUAUGGUUCAUUUGGGUUUCAUUAGUUUCAGCCUGUAGGUGCAUUGCCUGUUUUGCUGUCUUGGGCCUGCAUAAGAAAUCUUCCCCUUUAUCUUUUCCCCUUAAAGUUUCCUUAACUUUAAGUCAGUUGCAUAAAACAUUUUAAGGUGAAUUUACAUUUUAUGCUUCAUUUACUAUGGAUAUCAUAUCAAUGUACACAGCAAAUGUGGAGGUCAAUGUUGCUUUCCUCUGCCCUGGUUGCAAAAGGAAAACAUCAACCAGCUAGCUAGGUGUAUACAGUGCAUUAGGAAAGUAUUCAGAGCCCUUGACUUUUUCCACCUUUUGUUUUACAUUAAACAUUUAAUUUAAAAAGUAUUCAUAACCUUUGCUAUGAAACUCCAAAUUUAGCUCAGGUGAAUCCUGUUACCAUUGAUAAUCCUUGAGAUGUUUCUCCAGCUUGAUUGGAGUCCACCUAUGGUAAAUUCAAUUGGUUGGACAUGAUUUGGAAAGGCACACACCUGUCUAUAUAAGGUCCCACAGUUGACAGUGCAUGUCAGAGCAAAAACCAAGCCAUGAGGUCGAAGUUAUUGUCUGUAGAGCUCCGAGACAGGAUUCUGUCAUGGCACAGAUCUGGGGAAGGGUACAUUGAAGGUCUCCAAGAACACAGUGGCCUCCAUCAUUCUUAAAUGGAAGAAGUUUGGAACCACCGAGACUGUUCCUAGAGCUGGCCAAACUGAGCAAACUGGGGGAGAAGGGCCUUGGUCAGGAAGGUGAAAAAGAACCCGAUGGUCACUCUGACAGAGUUCCCCCUUGAUGUGCAAGAAAGUAAUAGAAACUUGCUUUAUUAUCUGAAUCAAUUUGUUUCUCCUGUCUUGAAUGUAGAAGUUCUAUUUCGCUAUCUUUCAAAACAAAUGUGAUCUCUUUGCCUAAUGUUCAGUCAGUGAAUCAGGUCAUAUCCCUGGUAACCAGAAACUCUUUCUGUCAAACAUGCCUUCAAACUACUGUAAAUCCCCUUAAGUAUGCACUUACCUAAGGAAAAUGUUUGAGGGGCUCUAUGCCAUGCCCAAACAGAUCCCUUAGGUUAGGGGACAUUUAAUCCUUAUGAGAAACACUUCAGGUGUAUUAUGCACACAGGCCCUGGCACUUAUUUCACCAUUAUAAUAGGCCUAUAUUUAAAUUUUAUGAAAGGAUCUUGAUAUGUGACAUACAACAAUUCCAUCCAUUGACAUUUGAUUCAAGUCUAUGGUGUAACGUUUGACAUUUCUAGAUUGUUUGAAGAAUUGUUCAUUUGUAAGUUCACUUGCAAUGUCAUCCAAAUAACCUUCAUAUAUUUUAUUUAAAGAGAGGAAUGAUUUAUUAAUUCAAGAGUACAUUGAGAAAUUUUGGAUGUGAGCUGACUCAUCUCACAUGACAUGUGAGGCUAUCAGCAUCAAAUGCUAAUCAAGAAUAACAAUUCAAGGGUCAAUGUGUCAAUGUAAAAGUAUGGAUUUUUUAUCACAGCUUGUGCUUUGGAGUGUUGACAGCUUGGAGUCACGUUGGCAUGGUUGCAAAUAAAAUGUAUUAUU